AUGAAGAACCUGUCCCACGUCGGUUCGAAUUACUACUCCUCUACCACCAACAACAUGGCCGAUGACUGUGACGACCUGUACGCCCUUUACUGGAGCGGCAUUUCUCUUACGUCGGGAGCAGUGUCGGAGUCUGUGCCGGUGGUGGAGGCGGGUAAUCGCGUAGUGGAUGAUGGGGUAUUCAAGGGCAUGGAGAAGAAUGGUGUAGUGGAAGGCGUGGAGAAGAACGGGGCAAAGUUGACGGCGAGGGCGGCGGAGGAUAGGAGCAACGAGGAGUACGGUGGGUUCGAGUUUCAUAUGCCGCACUCUGGUGUAGGGUCUGAAAUGUCCAACACGACGGGGGCGGAAUGGAUGGAGCGCUUACUGUCGGGGUCGAGGGAGUUUGCCAAUGCCAGCGGCGGGAGCGCUGAAGACCGCAGUAUGUUCGCAUUUCAGAUGGUGGGAGUUGAGGCGCUGCCGCAGGCCGGCAUGGUGAACAAGAGGAGCGCAGAUCGGAUGGGUGGGGCGCCGGCGGCGCCCCGUGGGUCCAAGAGGAAGCUCCUACAGUCGGGCUCGACUGAGACGGCCAGAGGAGGGAGCAACGGCGGCGGCGGCAGCGAUGGCUCUGAUAAGGGCAAGGCGAAGCUGGUGUCGGCGAAGGAAGAGGACGGCGAGUGGUGGGAAACGGUGGGCAGCCCGUGGUACCCUGCCGCGGACUUCAAGCGCCACUUCCACAUGUCCCGCUCCACCUUCGAGGCGCUGUGCGACAUGGUGGCGCCCGCCGUGAAAAAGGAGGACACCUGCAUGCGCAUCCCCAUCCCGGUCCGCAAGCGCGUCGCCGUCGUCGUCUUUCUCCUCUCCACUGGUCAGUCCCUCCGCGGGAUCAACAAGCGCUUCGGGAUCGGGAUCUCCACCGUCCACAAACUCGUGCGGGAUGUCUGCGCCGCCAUCACGGACAUCGUCCUGCCCCAGUUCGUCGUCUGGCCGGACGCCGCCACCGCGGCAUCCGUCGCCGCCAAGUUCAAGGCCUUGACCGGGGGCAUCCCGGACGUCAUCGGCGCCGUCUACACCACCCACAUCCACAUCAAAGCGCCCGAGCGCCACGUCGCCGAUUACUACAACGCCGGCCUCACGAGGCGCAACAAAGGCAAGACCUCCUACAGCGUCAGCCUGCAGGCGUCCGUAGACGCGGACGGCGCCUUCACCGACGUCUCCGUCGGCCAUCCCGGCAACGUGCCCGACGGGGACGUGCUCUUCAAGUCGACGCUGACAACACGUACCGUCGACAUCCUGGGCCAGGACAAGCGACUGGUCGGCGGCGCCGGCUACCCGCUCAUGGACUGGAUGCUGGUGCCGUACUCCCACCAGAACCUGACGCACACGCAGCACGAGUUCAACCUGAAGGUGGCCGCCGCGCGCGCCGUGGCCGUCGACGCGUUCCAGAGGCUCAAGACGCGCUGGGCCUGCCUCCAGAAGCGCAACGAGUUCAAGGUGGAAAACAUCCCCGCCAUACUCACCGCGUGCUGCGCCCUGCACAACUUUUGCGAGCGCCGCGGCGACAAGCUCGACCCCGACCUGCCAAAAUUCCAGCUCGUGGACGAUGACGGGGUCGCUCCUAACCCCGUGAGCUCCCCAGCCGCCGCGCAGGUGCGCGACGCCAUGGCCAACAACCUCCUCUACUAG